CUAAACGUCACUCAAAAAACCAUCAAAACACAGCAGCAGACACAAAAGAUUUGAAUAACCGAAAAAGGGCCUUUUCCUUUCUAUUUGAGUUCUUGAAAGUAAUAAAUGUGAAUAGAUCAUUCAGAAAAACGGAUUACGAUGAAAAAUACUCGGAUGAGUUAGAAGCAGAACUCUACUCUCAUAUUCACCACGACAAACCUGAAACCAUCCAGUCGAACAGUUACCAGACACAACGUUGUAAACAACAACAAUAGCAACAACCAUAAAAUGAAUAAGAAAGCAGCGUCAACGAAAAAUCGUAACAUACCAAAACGUUUCACUCCUUACACGUCUUAUUUAUCACAAGUUGAUUCACAGCCAAUAGACUCGCCUAACGUUCGAUUGAACGAUAAUUUAACAGAAACCGUUAAAGCGCCAGAUGAAGGUCGACCGAAUCCGUUCAAUCGAGCCGAAGAGAAAAUGAAACGUUUUCAGCAAAUGGAAGCGAAAAAAGCCCAUGCCAACAAGGUUCGUGAAGGGAUAAGACUCAGAAAAGAAGACUUCGUCAACGUAAAGCAGAAACUUGAGAUCAUUGAAACAACAGCGAAACCUGUAUCUGUACCAGAGUCCGAUUCAGAUGACGAAGUCUACAUUUAUCCACCGGAAGAGCCAACCGUCAUUAGCAGUGAGGAUGAGGAUGAAACAAAUGUUCCGGUGGAAAAGGAACCAGAACCGAUCGACAAUUUGCACGACGGUUGCGAUGCCAUCAAUGUAGGUUGCGUUAAGCGCCUUAGUCGCCAUGAUGAUCCGUUCGGUGACAUUGACGUUGCCCGUUUGAAUACAAUCAUAUCAGCGAACCCGUCGAGGAAUCUGCCGCCAGUCAACAAGACAGCUGACCAUUUUGCCAAACCACAGCGAGCCAAUCGAAAUUCGUUGAAGCGGUCGCACGAUGUGUCAGAAACAGAUUUCGCUGCUACUGAUGUAUAUGAAUCGGAAAGUUCAGAUCUGUCGGAAAGUAAUGCACCGAAAGGUCGAAAAGUGGCCACCGUCUUAUCUGAAUCGGAAGGCAGUGACGUAGACACGUCAAAACGGUCGAAACGUAUGCGCAAACGACGAAAGUCCGGAAGUAAUCGAGGUUCCGACUGCAUCAGCUCGGAUGAUAGUCCUGAUGAUAGUGAUGAUGAGGGCGAAGCGUAUUUAGAGCCCGAGAAGACUAAUCGACCGUAUUACUUACAUCGUGGUGAGGGAGUUUUCAACGCAGUUACCAAGUACUCGAAACGUGUCACCAGUCGCCGGAAUGACCAGAAUCGAGAUGGUAACUUGGAAGCGGUUGAUUCAAGUGAAGAUUCGGAAACGAACGGGGUUGAGGAGGAACAAGAAAACGGAAAUUGGGUCGAAAAAAUUACAACUGAAAAUGUUACUGGAACCUUGCGUGAGAGUGAAAAUGUUGAUCGUGAUGUGGUGAUGAAGGAACUCAUCGAACCAGAUUCUGCGGUUGUUAAUAAAGAAAAUCCGAACGAAAUUUCUUUAAACAAGCUCCGAGACGAAAUCAUCUUGCAUGUUACAGACGCUAGCGAUAAGUCAACACAUCUUGUCCAUGACUCGGACUCAAACUGUAGUUUCGGGGAAUCCAAGUUAAAAGGGAAAGAACAAGACCGACAUGAUGCUAUUGAAUCACCAGACUACAUUCCCUUGCCACCGCACAUUGACUCAUCAGACUUAGCAGCAGCUUCCGAUGUAGCACUAUCGUCAGCACGAUGCACGCCGUCGAACUCUUCAAAAAUAUUUCUCUCGGAGCAAAAUGCACGAUUAUUGCUGUUAACCGAUGCGGGUAGUAAAUUUCUUAGUGAUGCGUCUAUUACACAUCAAGUGAAAGUACGAAUGGAUUGGGAAAACCUUCGAAAUGUUCUGGUGGUCGUUGGUUCGAAGUCCAAUCAAAAUAAAUUUCACGCCGAUUUGAUUCGAUUCUCGGUGAAAAUGUGCAAGAAGACGAUGCACGUCAAAAAUGACAUAUUUAAACAGAUUCCGAAAAGUAAAAUGGCCCUGAUUCUAUUCAUCCGCGAACAAUUUGCCUUGCUGGAGCAACCAUUGGGCAACGUUAAGGAGCUGUACAGAGACAUGAAGAGAAACGAGAAUUUGAAGAGUAAAAAUGGCACGAUAGAUGCCGACCGUGCAAGAAAAAACCUCAAUAUAAUUUUGAUGGGUCGAGCUGGCCUUAGAGACGGACGGUUACAUUUGGCUGGGCUGGAGUGCAAUCUGAAAUGCUUGUUGAAUAACAACAAGGAUAUGAUGACCACAGAAACACUGGAAGAAAUCUACCAACAUUAUCGAUACGUUUUUUCAGCGUUCGAACAUGACGACUACCCGAACCUAAUAUCAGAAUAUGAGGAAGUGAUACGAUCAAAGACCGUUCCCCCAUUGAAUAUCGACAAAAAUUUGUUGGAAAUCAAAAUUUCCGUCAAAGACGAUGCAAACGUCGACUUAAACCGGGCUAAGCAAAAAAUGAUGCGGACAAACAAUGACACCGAAUCCCAGAAUGAAAAUCAAGAAUCGACCGAUGAUGGGCCAGCAACGGUUGAUGCGAUUUCGGUGUCGGAAACGAAAAAAUCAACUACAAAAACUGUGAAACAGGACCAAAGAACGCUGAAACAAGAGUCCAAGGCAAACAACGGACAAACAGAAACAGUCGAAUCGGAUGGCCUAGCUGAAAACUCAUCGAACCUGAAUCAAAACGCUGUUUGGUCAUUGAAAUGCAAGGAUAUUGUCGAACAAUGUCGUCGGAAGUACUUUAAAUCGAGUAGGGUUGUGGACAAAUUGAACACGAUCUUGGAAAAGGCUUCCCGCAAUGAGCUCAGUUAUGCAGAUUAUAAAAAUUUGGAAAUAAUAGUGAACACCUUAAACGGCACUAUUGACUGAUUAAAUAAACUAUUCGAAAUUACGAUAAAUAAAAGCAAAUAUGUCUUGACGUUUCCU